AAACAAAUUUAAAUAAGAAUGACUAAAAUGAGUAUAAAAUAGAUAAUAAUAAAAGAACAAAAUGCAAAAACAAGACAUAAAGAUUUCAUUGAGCAAUUUCAAUAAUAUAUGCCGGGUGUGUUUGGCCGAAAACGGGGAGCUUCAGACUAUUUAUGGGGUCACAGUGGAAAAUGAGAAAAAAACUGAAAUCAUCGAUUUGGUGACAAUCUUGAAAAGAUAUUGUAGCUUGGAAGUAAAUAAAGAUGAUGAUAAACCCCAACAAAUAUGCAAACCAUGCAUAAGACUCCUCUGCGAAUCGUACACAUUCUUUGACAAAUGUUGCCAUUCUAAUGUAAUCUUGGAUUGCAUUUUAUCCGACAAUAAAACGGAAAUUCCGAAAGAUGAACCAUCAGAUCUCAAAAGUGAAGUUCAACCUUUAAGAAAAAGAUCCACAACAACACAAGAAACUUCUUAUUUUUCCGAAUCGGAAGAUGAUAGAUUUGCAAAUAAUGAUUGUGAAGAUGAUUCAGAUUGGGAACCGGCCAAACAAGAACCCCAGGAAGAUAAUAAAAGAGGUUCUUUAGAGGAAAUGAAAGAAUCUGAUGAUGAUGGUGAUGAGGAUGAUGAUGAUGAUGAUGACUUGGAAGUAAAAGGAACAAUCACGACCAAAAAGCGAGGCAGACCAAGAAAAUCUCUUAAAACUGAAACCGCAGACACUGAAGCCAUAGAAAACCAACACAAAGAACUGGUUUGUAGGUUGUGUGGGGCCUUUCUGCCGGAUAUAAAUGCAUCUAUAGACCAUUAUGAUGAAUUUCAUGCCCCAGAACUAGAAAUAGAUGUAUGCAUUUUUUGCGAAAAGCCCAAAAAAUAUAAAAAGAGGGACAGUUUGUUGUAUCAUAUGGGCUUACAUUCGAAGGAGAGUAAAAAGUGUAUACCAUGCCGGAAGUAUUUUAAAAGUAAGGAGUUAUUGAAGGAACAUUUAAAUGAGUGCUUUAAAGUUGAUCAGAAGACUUCAAUUAAGCUUGAGGAUUCUGACUGUGAUACAAAACCAGAUAUUUCAUUAUCAGCAAAUCAAUGUCAACUCUCCCAGAAAGUACUUAAAUCAACCCAAUACGAUGGUGCCUUCACAUGCCAACUGUGCCAUCAACAUCUUGGAGAAAUUGAUUUUGUGAUAUCUCACUUUGAAAAGGACCAUUCGGACGAUUUGGUUUGUAUAAUAUGCUUGAGGAACUUUUCCAAACAAGUACCAUUGUUUCAUUUGGGACUCCAUUCGGAAAAAUCACAAAUUUGUAGACCUUGUAGACUGUUUUUUAGGACAAAAGAAGAGUAUGAAGAUCAUAUGGUCAAGUACGAUCAUGAUAAGUCACUUUCUUGUAAGAUUUGUGGGAAGAAAUUUACAAGAAAUUAUAAAAAGAAUAAACACAUGUUAAGUCAUCUCAAAGAGAAAAAUUACUCUUGUAACAAAUGCGGGAAAACAUUUACUUAUAAAACAAGCUUGGUACGACAUUUCAAGAUGCAUUUUGGAAAGAGGUUUUUGUGUUCCUCUUGUGGAAAUGCAUAUACCACCAAAUUUAUGCUACAAAGGCAUAUAAGGAUAAUGCAUACUUUUGUGGAUGAUGAUGGUAAACCUUUACCAAAACCACCUCCAAAACCUGUACGAAUCCAAUGUGAAUUUUGUGGGGAAAUUUUCACAACUAAAUACGGCUAUGGAAGACAUAUUCGGAGGCAUCCUGAGUUCAAGGAGUUCAAAUGCAAGAUAUGCUCGUUUAUGUGCGACACAAGGGAUCAGUUGGAUGUUCAUAUGGAAAACAAGCACAAUAAACACACUUGUGAUGUAUGUGGUAAACGAUUUCCAUUUGAAAGUGAAUUAAAAACUCACCAUAGGAAGCACGAGGAUAUGGAAAUGGCCAGAUUUAGAUGCGAUGUUUGUGGUAAAACUGCAAGAACUCAAACUCAGUUAAAAGUCCAUUACAGAAUACACACGGGCGAAAGGCCUUUUGCUUGUGAAACGUGCGGAAAAUCUUUUAAGCAAACUGCUCACCUUAAAGUCCAUAUGUUCCAGCAUACGGGGAAAAUGCCAUUUAAGUGUGAUAUUUGUGAUAAAACUUUUCCGUUUCAGCAUGUUAUGGAGAUUCAUAUGCGAACACACACAGGUGAAAAACCUUUCCAGUGUAUGUUCUGUGGCAAUGCUUAUCAUGAUCGUACCACCAUGCAGAAGCAUCAGAAGAAAAAGCACCCUGAAAUACCCAUACAAAAAGCCUCGGAGAAGACGAUUCUUCAUCACAGCUAUGAACUCUUUGUUACUGAGUUGACCAUCCUCUGAAAAACUUCCAAAUUAGGAGAAAAUAUUUUGUGAA